GAGUGACGCCUUCAAACCGCGCCUAGCACAGUAUGGAAAACACAUGAGUUGACUUCUGUAGUUCAGUAGAAGUGUUUAGAGUACAAAGUUAGACAAACAAACCUGUUUUACGUAAAUCUGUUACAUGACAAUUUGCCUGAAUCUGGACGGGGCUAAUUGAUAUUCAGUGUGAAUGUUUUCCUAAUGCAGGAUAUCUGAAAGAAUACAUUUCAUCUUGCUGUGGAAAUGUCUCUGUUUCUUGUGAACAGAUACCUCGGUGAUGAGGAAGAUGGGAGCAUCUCCAAGGAGUCUCGGUCUCAGGCGUUGCUGGCUAAACUACAGCAGAAGGCGAAAGAGAAGCAGAAACAGACUGUGACAGAGGAACAGAGACAACACCUGGCUGAAGAACACACAGAAAAACCAGAUGUCAAAAGGAAAAGAAAAGCUGACAAGCACAUCGGUGAAGAGAGCCAACAACACAAAAAAAGGAAAUCUGAAGCUGUGACUUUGUGUGUUUCGGACACUGAUAACCAUGACGCGCCUGUCCAGGAGAAAAAGAAGAAGAAGAAGAAAGGUGUAAAUGAGAAACAGAAGAAGGAUCAGACAGACACUCCUGUGACUGUAAGAGAUGGACAAGAAGACGCAGGAGGAGAGGAAGAGGCAGAGACAGAAGAUAACACACCAAAAGAACCCACAGAGAAGACUUCUGCUCCAACUGGAUUCACAGUUCUGGGAGGAUUUGAGAACAAACCCGUCCAAAAGGUGCACAGAGUCCUGCCUCAGUGGCUGGCUCAGCCUGAUGUCAUUCACAGAGACAUUAAAGGAAACCUGGUCCCCAUCGCUGACAUCACAGGACUGUCUGCCCAGCUGGUGAAGAAACUACAACAUAACGGAAUUCAGCACUUCUUUCCAGUGCAAGCAGAGGUCAUCCCAGCUGUCUUGGAGAGCGCACAGCAGGGGCUGCUGAUUGGACGAGGCGGCUACAAGCCCAGAGAUAUUUGUGUUUCUGCUCCAACAGGCAGCGGCAAGACUCUCGCAUUCGUCAUACCUGUCAUACAGGCGCUGAUGGAGCGGGUGGUGUGUGAAGUCCGGGCUUUGGCUGUGUUGCCGACCAAAGAGCUCGCCCAGCAGGUUUGCAAAGUGUUCACAUCAUAUGCUGAGGGAAGCUCUCUGAAAGUGGUGAUGCUGGCGGGUCAGAGGUCUUUUGCUGCAGAGCAGGCUUCACUGUCUGAACACAGAGGGGGCAUGAGACGCAGUUUAGCCGACAUUGUUGUGGCCACUCCAGGUCGACUGGUUGAUCAUAUCAACAAGAAUUCAGGCUUAUGUCUGGAUCACCUCAGGUUUCUUAUUAUUGACGAGGCUGACAGGAUGAUUGACAGCAUGCACCAGUCGUGGCUCAGUCAGGUAGUGAAGGCGGUGUACAGAUCAGGAAGUGGACCAGAGGACAUGUCCAUCUUCAGGAGGACUGAGCCGGCUUACGUCACAGCGGCCAGUCUGUCUCCUCCUCAGAUGCCGCUGCAGAAGCUGCUGUUUUCCGCCACGCUCACGCAGAACCCAGAGAAGCUGCAGCAGCUGGGCCUCCACCAGCCCAGGCUCUUCAGCUCCGUCCACAGCUGCUCCAACAACACCACACCGUCAGCCGCUGUCGCCCAGAAACACGACCGCUUCGACUUCCCGCAAGGGCUGACGGAGUAUUAUGUGCCUUGUACACUGAGCAAAAAGCCUCUUCUCAUCCUCCACUUCAUCCUGCGCAUGAAGCUCAGCCCCAUCCUCUGUUUCACCAACUCCAGAGAGACUGCUCACAGACUUUACCUGCUGGUGCAGCUCUUUGGUGGAAUUCAGGCUGCUGAGUUCUCCUCCCGACUCUCUCCUGGUGAGAGGAAGAAGACGCUGAAGGAGUUUGAACAGGGGAAGAUCCAACUGUUGAUCAGCACUGACGCAGCUGCCAGAGGCAUCGACAUCAACGGAGUCAAAUGUGUUGUGAAUUAUGACGCGCCACAAUACAUCAGGACGUACAUUCACAGGAUCGGUAGGACUGCGAGAGCAGGGAAAGCAGGUCUGGCCUUCACCUUUCUGCUGGGGGUGCAGGAGAAGAACUUCCUGCAGAUGGUGGUGGAAGCAGGAAGCCCUGGGAUCCAAAAGCAGAUCAUCAAACCUGAGAACCUGAAGAGUAUGGAAGCCCGAUAUGAACAAACACUGCAGGAGCUGGCUAAUGUCAUCAAGGAUGAAAAAUCCAAGUGAUGGACUUGUGAAUACAAGCAGGAGAUUCUAUGUGAGCUGACAUCUGUGCCUGAUGAAGAUCACAUUUAACUGUUUAGUUAUUUAUGUUGUUCAAUAAAACAUAAACUCUAGGA